AUGCCGUCGACGGCGCCCGCUGCGGCGGCGGCGGCGGCGCCCGCUGCGGCGGCGGCGGCAUCCGCCGCCACGGCGUCCACGGCGUCCACGGCGCUCGCGGCCUCCCCUCCGCCCAAGAUUGAGGUGAAGGUUUCGUGGCUCAAGCAGAAGCCCGUCGCGGGCAACCGGCAGCCGGUGCUCGAGUUUGACGAGCAGCAGCUGCACGCCUUCCCGCCGGAGACGACCACGUUUCGCCAGGUCAAGCACGAGUGCUCGUACCCGGCGCCGCCGCACAAGGUGCGGAUGUGGUGCUCGUCGUUCGGCGCGGCCGCUGACCUGCCGACGACGAUGGAGCUCAACGUCUUCAUCAACACCUUCGAGCUGAUCACCGAGGAGAAGCACACACUCUCGAUGGCGCACCUCACGGGCGGCGAGACCAUCGCCUUUGAGAUGGUGCAGGGGGAGCACGUCUCGGAGCUGUCUGGCUUCCUGCUCGGGGACCACGUCGGGCGAGCGAAGAAGGGGCAGGGCGGCGCGGCCAGCGGACAGGCGCAGCUCGUGCUGCCGGGCGGGGUCAACGCCCCCGCCGGCAUCCUGCAGCCGCUCGCGCAAGCACGCGCCGCCUCGGAGCUCAAGCAAAAGGUGGACGCGGCGGCGCAGCUCUCGAACCAGCUCGCUGCGGCGAGCGAUAGCCGGGACGAGCUGAUCGCCGAGGAGGAGGAGGAGAAGGCGAAGCGCGAGAAGAAGAAGGCGAAGAAGAAGGGCAAGAAGGACAAGCAGCGAGAGAAGAAGAAGGCGCUCCGAGAGGGGCGCGCGGCGGGCGGCGGAGGAGCGGCGUCUCUUCACACCUCGAGCUGUGAACAGGCGCUCGCCGGCGAGCCGCCGGCGGCGAAGGCGGCGGGAGGCUCGGAGGAGGAGGAGGAGGACAACUCGGAGGAGGAGCAGCCUGCAGCCUCCUCCUCGUCGGCCUCCGCGCCGGCGGCGAGCGGCGCGGGAGGCAGCAGCGCGGGAGGCAGCCGGUCGGGAGGCAGCGGGUCGGCGGGGGGGGCCUCCUCCUCGGCGGCGGCACAGGGCGGCAGAGCAGUUGGGGCGGGCUCUCCGAGCGGCGGCGAGGCGGGGGCUGGCGGCGGCGCAGUGCUCAAGUCGCAUCAGCUGAUUCGAGCGCUCGUCGAGCAGUGCUUGCUUGAGCGGCGCUCCAAGGAGGCGCUGGCGGUGCAGAUGGCCGACUACGAGGCUGCCGCCGCGGCGCAGCACUCCGAGUACGCUGCGGACGUCGCGCAUUUGCGGGCCCAGCUCGCCAAGGCGCGCGCGCAGAGCAUAAACUAG